CACCCAUGGACUCCGGACGUGGAAAGCUUCCUGGGAAGUGCAUCGACACCCUGCAGGCAUGGUUGCGGGAGCAGGGCGUAUGGUGGGACCAAGAGGCCCUACAGAUCUCCUCUGGGGUGGGUGGUAUGGGCAUCAUCAGUCGCAAAGAGAUUGCAGCAGGAAGCGUUCUGGCUGAGAUCCCCAAGUCCGCCGUGCUGUCCAUUAGGAACACAGUUCUGGCAGCAGAUUUAGCUGCUGCGCACCUGGACUUGGACCCAGCCUUGCGCUUGGCCAUCUGCGCUGAGAGGGCCUUGAAGUCGCGAAGCCGUUGGCAUGGAUACUUCCAGUCGCUCCUCCGACCCUACGAGUCGCUACCGUAUCUCUGGAGCCCGACCUUGCGCGAAAAUCUGCGCGGCACCGAUGCGGAAGACACGGUGAAGGAGCUGAUGAUGGAGCUGGAAGCAGAAGCUCCGCUGAAGGGCGAAAAUGAUCUGGAAUUUGCGGAACUCCGACACAUUCUGGAUAGAGCACCAGCCUUGAAGGGUGUCUCCAUCCAAAUGGAAGAUUAUUUGCAUGCGGCCACACUGGCGAGUUCUCGAGCAUUCACUGUGGACGACUUCCAUUUGGAGGCGCUAGUGCCUCUGGCGGAUGUCUUCAACCAUCGUUGCCAAAAGGUGCCCAAGGGCGAAGCGGUGCGAGAAGUCUCAGGGAAAGCUUCGAAAAAACCGCGGGGCGCAACGGGUGCAGCACGUGAUGCCUUCGGCGUGUGGCAAGGGAAGGUGCCACCGAUGCAAAUUGCGCUAGCUGAGACCACAGAAGUUCAUCAGGCCAAAAGGUCUGGCACAGGACCUUCGGGACAUUUGAUGAUUUACGUCCUGACGGACCUUGCUGCAGAUGUAGAGAUCUUCAACACAUACGGCGAGUUCUCCAAUGACAAGCUGCUCCAAGACUAUGGAUUUGUCUUAGAGCAGAAUGCGUUCAACACGGUGACCCUUUCCCGCAGCUUCUUGGAGGUCGCUGGAUGUGGUCGGCAGAUGGCCUGGGCCAUGCAGCACCGGAAGAUGCUGCAACUCACUCAGGAGAACAGCGAUGAUGACAUGGAAGGAGGGGAGGAGGAGGAUCCUGAGGAGGACCCAACUGUGGAAGUCCAUGGAGGCAUCAGCAGCAACUUCGUGACCUUUUUCGAGCUUCCAAACGCCCGCGGACGAGCCCGGAGAGGAAAGAAGUCGUGGCCUGUGUGGCCGCGACAGCUACGAACUUUGUUGGCAGUAUUGUCAACUCCCUGCAGCCAGUUGGACCGCCAAAACUGGCAGAUAAAGCAGAACCAGAGGAGGCUCUGGUGGAAUUUCCGCACGCGCUCCUUGCUACGCCGCGCCCUGCGAAGACGUUGGGCGCAAUAUCCAGAGCCAUGCGAGGCCUCCGAGGACCGUCGACGCUGGCGGAGUUGUAAAGCUGGUGAGACAAAAGAUAGCCUGGGACUCAGAAUUGGAGAGAAAGAGAUCUUGGAACACUUCCUGAAAGAUGUGUCCCCCCUGAGUCGCAAGCGACGCGUUCUGCACGAAUGGCUGGAAAGACAUCCGAGUUCGGAAGGGAGACGUGGCACUGGGCUCGGGUUCGAACUAGAACUGGCUGGGGAUGAGUUUUCAACCUGGAACAUGUUAGUUCAACAUGAAUGGGAUUAG